CACCGGCUCAUCUGCACUUGUCAAAGGACUCGUCAGCAAGCAGGGUAGCCUACUAAGACACAGACUGGAGAAGCAGAACAUUCCACGAUCUACAAAUCAUGACUACGGAGAAAUCCGAAGUGUUUGUGGUGGAGCCGCUCAACAGGAGCAACAUGAGCAAAAAGAAAAAGAUGUUUUCUCUUUCCAGCAUCAUGACGCGCAUUCGUCGUAGAGGUGGGAACAUGGAAAACAUGAAGAGAGAAGUAGAAAUAAAUGACCAUCGUCUUUCCGUCGACGAGUUGGAAAAGAAAUAUGCAACCGACAUAAAAGCGGGUCUGUUGCCAGGUGAAGCUGCAGAACGACUCAGUCGAGAUGGUCUAAAUAAGCUGACUCCACCGAAAGGCACACCAGAGAUUGUAAAGUUCACGAAGUUGUUGCUUGGAGGCUUUCAGAUACUCUUUUGGAUUGGUUCUAUCUUGUGUUUCAUUGCAUAUGGAUUGCAGUAUUCUUCUGAUCCAACAAGCCCCAGAGAUAACUUGUAUCUUGGUAUCGUCUUGGUUGGUGUCGUAGUGAUGACUGCAUUAUUUGCCUAUUAUCAAGAAGCAAAAAGCACAAAUAUUAUGGCUGGAUUCAAGAAUAUGGUACCUCAGCAAGCGUGCGUGAUACGUGGAGGCUCAAAACUACAGAUAAAUGCCACUGAGCUGGUUAUAGGAGAUAUCGUAGACAUCAAAGGAGGCGAUCGGGUGCCAGCAGAUCUGAGGCUCUUUGCUAGCCGUGGCUGCAAGGUGGACAAUUCGUCAUUGACUGGAGAGUCUGAGCCGCAAGCCAGGUCAUCCGAGUUUACCCACGAGAACCCACUGGAAACCAAAAAUAUCGCCUUUUACUCAACGACCUGUUUGGAAGGCACGGCCUCUGGAAUUGUUAUCAACAUUGGAGACAACACAGUCAUCGGGAGAAUUGCGUUUUUGGCGUCCGGUGUAGAGAACGAGAAGACGCCCAUCGCCAUCGAGAUCGAGCACUUUGUUCACAUGAUCAGCGCCCUUGCCCUCGGUGUGGGUUUCCUUUUCUUGUUCAUUUCAUUAGGAAUGGGCUACAACAUCCUGAACGCCAUCAUCUUUUUCAUCGGCAUUGUCGUGGCUUAUGUACCAGAAGGACUUUUAGCAACAGUCACGGUGUGCCUGUCUCUCACUGCUAAAACGAUGGCUAAGAAGAACUGUCUGGUAAAGAAUCUCGAGGCUGUGGAAACUCUUGGCUCCACGUCUGUCAUCUGCUCCGAUAAAACCGGAACACUGACCCAGAACAGAAUGACAGUGGCCCACAUGUGGUUUGAUAAAUACAUCCACGCUGCAGAUACGUCGGAAGAGAUGACAGGAGAACAAUUCGAUAUGUCUUCCAAAACCUGGGCAGCUCUCGGCCGGGUUGCCUCACUUUGUAAUCGAGCUGUGUUUAGAGGAGGCCAAGAAGACAAACCUGUCAGCAGGAGAGAAGUGGAAGGAGACGCAUCGGAAACAGCCCUUCUUAAAUUCACGGAGAUGGUGCUCGGCAAUGUCGUGGGGAUCCGGGAUCAGAACCCAAAGGUCGCUGAAAUCCCUUUCAACUCCACAAACAAAUUUCAGCUAUCCAUUCAUGAAACAGAUGACCCAGCUGAUAAACGGUACCUGCUAGUAAUGAAAGGAGCCCCCGAGAGGAUCUUAGAACGCUGUUCCUCUAUCAUGAUUACCGGACAGGAAUGGCCACUGGAUGAGGAGAUGAAAGAAGACUUUCAAAGAGCUUAUAUGGAACUUGGAAGUCUGGGAGAAAGAGUGCUUGGUUUUUGCCAUUGCUACCUCCCUGAAGAUAAAUUUCCUGCUGGAUUUCAGUUUGAUACGGAAGAAAUGAAUUUUCCAACCAACAACUUGUGCUUCGUCGGCUUGAUAUCCUUAAUUGAUCCUCCUCGCUCCAGUGUGCCAGAAGCUAUCUCCAAAUGUCAUAGCGCUGGAAUAAAGGUCAUCAUGGUGACAGGAGAUCACCCCAUCACUGCCAAAGCCAUUGCGAGAGCUGUUGGAAUCAUUGCUCCUGAAAGUGAGACUGUGGAAGACAUAGCCCAGCGCCUGAAUAUCCCCAUUGAGAAAGUGGAUAAAGCAGAUGCAAAGGCGGCCGUAAUAAAUGGAGGAGACUUGAAAGAUAUGACCACGGAGCAACUGAUGGAAAUUCUUCGGAAUCACCCAGAAAUUGUUUUUGCCAGAACGUCUCCGCAGCAGAAGCUCAUCAUUGUGGAAGCCUGCCAGAACCUUGGAAACUUUGUCGCCGUUACUGGAGACGGUGUCAAUGACUCCCCAGCUUUGAAAAAAGCCAAUAUUGGCAUUGCCAUGGGAAUCGCCGGGUCUGAUGCCGCCAAAGGAGCAGCAGACAUGAUCUUACUGGAUGACAACUUUGCGUCCAUCGUGACUGGCGUGGAGGAAGGUCGUCUGAUCUUCGACAACCUUAAGAAAUCAAUUUCCUUCACAUUGACCAAGAACAUUCCAGAAAUGGUUCCAUUCAUGGUGUACAUCAUCAUCUCUUGCCCCCUGCCUCUGGGCACCAUCACAAUCCUCUUUAUUGAGCUGGGCACAGACAUUAUUCCCUCCAUUUCCCUGGCAUAUGAAAAAGCCGAAAGCGACAUUAUGAAUCAGAAACCUAGACAUCCAAAGAAGGAUCGAUUGGUGAACAUGCAGCUCGCUGCAUACACUUAUUUUCAUAUCGGUAUCAUUGAGACGUUUUGCGGAUUCCUUUGUUAUUUUACCGUGAUGGCUGAACAAGGCUACCUUCCUGGAACACUGAUUAACAUUCGAAUUCCCUGGGAAAGCCGCACCGUAAGCGAUCUGCAAGAUACCUUUGGUCAAGAAUGGACAUAUUAUCAGCGAGCCCAAAUGGAAUGGACUGGCUACACAUCUUUCUUUGUGGGGAUUGUUGGAUGUCAAAUAAUUAACUCAAUCAUCCGGAAAACGAGAAGAUUCUCCCUCUUCAGGCAAAAUGUUUUAAAGAACAGAUUUUUCCUUAUGGGGGUCGCUUCUCAGAUCAUUGUGGCCGCAUUCUUGUCCUACUGUCCUGGAAUGGGUGAUGGACUCCAUUUUAUGCCACUCAGAGCCCAGUACUGGUUUGUCUCUGCGCCAUAUGUAAUUCUUAUCUUUGUGUAUGAUGAACUGAGGAAGCUGAUCAUCAGAAACUUUCCAGGAUGUUGGGUUGACAGAGAAUUAUUCUACUGAGAAGGAGUUUACCUGCCAGCCUUCAUUGUAAAUUUCUCCGUCUGUACAUCACAGAACAUUCAGAACGGCAACGUGACUGCCAGAACAGCACCUUUUCCUUCCUAGUAACUUAUAUACUGCAUACAAUGAAGAAAAAAAAAUAUAUAUAUAUAUAUAUAUAUAUAUAUAUAUAUAUAUAUAUAUAUAUAUAUAUAGCAUGCCACUGGAUUGGUAUGAAUACAUUUAAAAUAUUUGUAGUGUGUAAAUAAUGCUACAAACUUUAACAGAACAGAGAUCUGUGAUACUGUAUUUAGCCUCCUGUUCUCCUUAACAGUAUUAUGCCUGUAUGUUUUGCCUAUAAUGUUGAUUUUAAACAAUAAAAUGUUUUAUAUUUUGUAUUUAC